AUGGGAAAUGCUACCGCAGCUACAGGCGCCGAAACCGGCGGCGGCGGGCCCGCCGACCCGCAGCUGGCACAGCGCCUGGGUCUGCCGUUGUCGUACGACGCCAGGUUCCGCAUCAGCGCCUCGGUCGUUGCGCCGCAAGAGCGCCUGGCGGCGGCGGUGCGGGCGAUUGCACGGCGGAUGGCCCAGCGCGCGGCAGCCAGAGCUCCGUCAGACCGCACCAGGCAAGGGGCCGCUGGCGGUGGUGGCGGUGCUACUGCCGGCGGUCCCUCGAGACCCACCCGCCGCCCAGGAGACGGCCGCGACUCGGGCGACCGCGGCGGGGGAGUGACUCCGGAGAUGGUGGAGGCGGCGUCCCAGCUGGUGGGGGAGUACAGGCGCCUGCUGCCCUGGUUCGAGGACUUCUUCCAGCGGAGACAGAUUUCCCGGCUCCGCAAGUUGCAAUCCGACCGGCUAGCCCUCCCCGCCGCGGGGUUCCGCGGGUCUGUCCUGAGGGCGCUUGAGGGGUCUCAGGCGCUGGUGGUGGCGGGGGACACAGGUUGCGGCAAGAGCACCCAGAUUCCGCAGUACUUGGCGGCGGUGGCGGGCGGGUCCCGGUACCGCCGGAUUGCGGUCACCCAGCCUCGCCGUAUCAGUGCCGUAUCCCUGGCCAGGCGGGUCGCGGUGGAGUCCUGUGAUGCUCACGGCACUACCGUGGCCUACAAGGUCAGGUUCAGCAACAGUGUGGCAGUUCUCCCCCCCCGACCUGUGCGGGUCGUCCCCCCCCCCUGGCACAACUCGGUUCCAUCGGUCCUGUCAGCCGACAGCCGCAUUGUGUUUUGUACGGAGGGUAUUUUGCUCCGGGAGCUUGCGGGCGAUCCCACGCUGGCGGCGUACGACGUCGUGGUGUUGGACGAGGUCCACGAGCGCCACCUGACGACGGACUUCUUGCUGGCGCUUCUUCGCGCCCUGCUGCUGCAGCGCCCCGAGCUGCGGCUAGUCCUGAUGAGCGCCACCAUCAACUGCGCGGCCUUUGCGGAGUACUUCGGGGGAGCACCCAUUGUGCAGAUCCCGGGCCGUCUGUAUCCGAUCCAGCUGGUUUACGUGCCCCCGGAGGCGGCGGAGUCCGAGGAGGCUCUGAGGCGCCGAGACGGGGCACGACGUCGCGCCGGAGGAGCUGGCAGUGGCGGCAGCAGCGGCAGCAGGUCGGCUGCCAGCCCCGCCUCCGAUCAGAUAGAUCCCGCACCUUACCUGCGACUGUUGCAGAGGAUAGAUUCUGAGAUCCCCUCCAGCCAAAGAGGCGACCUGCUGAUCUUCGUGGCGGGUACGGCGGACAUUACGGCACUCUGUACGGCACUUGCGCCGUACGCGGAGCAAACUCGCAGAUGGGUGCUGCUGCCCCUGCACGCCGCACUGCCCCUGGAGGCCCAGGAAAAGGUGUUUGAUGUGCCGCCGGAUGGUGUACGGAAGGCGAUUAUUUCCACCAACAUUGCGGAGACCUCCCUCACCAUUGACGGGAUUCGCUUCGUGGCGGACAGCGGCCGGGCCAAGGAGAUGAUACACGAUGUCGCCAGUGGCGGGGGGAGUCUGCAGGAAGGGUGGAUCAGCCGGGCCAGUGCAGACCAGCGCAAGGGCAGGGCGGGCAGGACUGGACCGGGGACCUGCUACCGGAUGUACAGCGAAGCGCUGUAUAACGAGAUGCGCGCGUUCAGCGCGCCGGAAAUCGCUCGAGUACGGCUCGAGGCGGUGGUCUUGGGCAUCAAGGCGAUGGCGGGCAGCGGCAUGGACCCGCGGGCAUUUGGGUUCAUCGACCCGCCGCCCCCGGACCGCUUGGAGGCGUCCAUUACGAACCUCAAGCAGAUCGGUGCGCUGAACCGGUCGGAGAAGCUGACGCCGUUGGGGGCGGUGCUGAGCCUGCUGCCUGUGGACGUGUCCAUUGGCAAGCUGCUGGUGCUGGGCUGCGUGUUUGGACUGGCAGGGCCCACACUGACUCUGGCCGCUGCUCUAAGCGUCCAGUCGCCGUUCCUCAAACUUGGUGAUGAGGAGCACGACCAGGAGGCUAAGGCCGCACGCGCGGCUCUGGUCUCCCCGCACGGUGACGCGCUGACCCUGCUCAAUGUGUUCGAGGCAUGGCUGGCGGUCAAGCAGGGAGUUCCAACCAGCGGGCUGCGGCUGUGGCUGCGGCUGUGGCUGCGGCUGUGGCUGCGGCUGUGGCUGCGGCUGUGGCUGCGGCUGUGGCUGCGGCUGUGGCUGCGGCUGCGGCUGUGGCUGCGGCUGUGGCUGCGGCUGUGGCUGUGGCUGCAGCUGUGGCUGCAGCUGUGCCUGCGGCUGGGGUUGCUGUUGCUGUUGGGUUUCCACUGCUCUUGCAGCUUCGAGCCAGGCCGGGUUGAUAGCGCCAUGCGGCACGGACUGGCGGAGGCUCGGCUGUAUGAGAUGGCUAAGCUCAGAGCGCAGUUUGCGGAGUUGCUGGCGGACGCCGGUAUCUUCAGGCCUGGCGGGGCCACCGUGCUGUCUGCGGGAUACGCCGCCAUGUCGCAGCACCGCCGCCGCCACGGCCAUCGCUGCGGCGGUAGGCGGCGGGACGGUCUGAGAGGUGGUCUGGGAGGCGCCGAGCUGCACGCCGCGAAGCGUCGGCUGCGGGACAUGCAGCAGGCGGAGCGUGAGCGUCAGCGGGGUCGGAAGGUGCUGCGGCUCGAGGGCAGUGGGGCCGGCGGUCGGCGCAAGCAAGGCGCGGGCAGCGGCGGUAACGGCUUAGAUGGCUCUUCCGGGUCUUCGUCUUCCUCUUCAUCCUCCGGCACUUCUGGAGAGGAGGAGCUGGAGCGUCUGCACGACUUGGACUUACGAGUGCACGUGAAUGUGGGGGCCAUGGCGGCAGAGUCCUCCCGGCCACUGAGUCCGGGUGAUCUGGGUUUGCUGCGGCACCUGCUGGUCGCCAGCCUCUACCCCCGGUUGGCGGUUGGGGACGAGGCCAAUUUGCAGCGCCGAGAGCAGGACUGCCGCUUCCACACGUCGCAGGUGUCAGAUCUGGUGCUCCACCCGGGCUCCACUCUGUUCGGCUUUUCCAACAACAUCCCGCGGGGCCAGGUGCUGCUGUACACGGAGCUGAUUGAAACCAGGCGGCAGUACCUCUCCGGGGUGACCCCGCUGUGGUCCCUUCCCGCGCUGCUGCUGGUGGCGCGGCGGCUGGACUGCGAUGCUGCGGCCGCUCGCUGGCUGGUCCUGCAGCUGGUUACGGAGCUACGAGGCACCACCGAGCACCUCGUCGCAAGCCGACUGAGAGAUGCCAAGCUGGCGGCGCUCUCUGCCGUACAAAUUGUCGAGGAUGAUGGCGAUGACGACGCCGGCGACGGCGUCAAAGACGGUAUUACCGCCGCCGCCGCCGCCGGGUCGGGGUCAUUCCAGCGGGGCUACUCGGCCCUGGCGGCGGCGCUGCCCGAGGAGCUACAGCCGCUGCUGUACGGCGUGAUGGCACAGCAGGCAACGUGGCGGCAGGAGGCAGCGGCGCGGCGGGGGCGGCAGGAGGAGCGGCAGCGGCGGCGUCAGAUGGCGGCCCUCCGGGCAGCAGGCGGCGGCCAGGAGCGCGACAAUGUGGACGAUGAGGAUGAAGACGAGGACGAGCAUAUGUACGGCAAAGCGGCCGCGGCCGCGGACGCUCAGCUGGAAGAGCAGCUUGCCCGGCGGUUGUCUUUGGAUAUGUGGCCGUGCAG